AUGUCUGACACCUGCUGGAGAUGCCAAAAAGACAGAGGCACUAUGAUGGUAUGGUGGCAAUGCUCGGAGCUCCAACAGUACUGGCAACAAGUAGCGGAUCUAACCACUAAAUGUAGUAACAUACAACUACCCUACCGGCCCGCGACCUUUCUGCUCCUCCUGCUGCAAUACACACCGCAAAAACACCAGAGAUACCUUACCUACCACAUCAUCAUUGCCGCACUUACCAUCAUUAGCAGAAAAUGGAAGCAACCCCCCCCCACAAUUACCCAGUGUGUCACCGCUGUAGACACAAACAAGAUCUACGAAACCAUAGCAAGAAACACGCAAUGA